AUGAGCAAUGGCCCAGAUCACUGGGCACCUGGGGGCUUUCAGGGGCCCCCUGGGGGCCACCAGGGGCUCUCUGGGGGCCCCUCGGGGGCUCCUCUGGGGGGGUCCUCGGGGAUCUCAGGGGGCCCCCUGGGGGCCCCCUGGGGCCCUCUGGGGUCCCCUGGGGGGGCCCCCCUGCUGGCGCUGAAGCAGCAGCAAGCGAAGGUGCUGGAGGGGCCCUUAAGGAAUUUGCUGCAGCAGAUGGAGGGGAGGGAAGCAGAGGGAUCCUGGGGGCCCCUCAACUCUCCUGCUGCUGCCGCUGCUGCUGCUGCUGCUGCUGCUGAGGGCAGCAAGCGGCAGGACGAGCUUUAUCUGCUGCUGCUUGCACUUAUAAAGCGAACCUGCGAGAGUGCAGUAUGGCGGGAGCGCUGCAGCACGGAGCAGCAGACGCAGCAGCAACUGCUGCUGCUGCUGCUGCUGCAGCUAGACCGUUUAGCUGCUGCCGUUGCUGCUGCUGCUGCUGAGGAGAAGCAGCAGCACCCAGAAGCAGCCUCUUCCUCAAGUAGCACCAGCAGCAACGCCAGCCCCAGCAGCAGCAGCAGCAGCGCCAGCCCCAGCAGCAGCAGCAGCAGCAGCAGCAGCGUUGCUGUGGUAGAAGCAGCAGCAGCUUUCAGUGCAUGCAUUCGUUUGCUGCGGAACAUCUGCAUGUCUUCCACUUUCUUGGGGGCCCUUUUGAAGGGGGGCCUUUUGGGGCGUCUUGUGGCAGGGGCCCAC